UAAAGUUCCCACCCCCUUGUUUGCCUCCUAUCUCUAGUUUUCUCUCACCUCCUGUCCUAUAAGAGCAAGCUCCACCAAAUUACAUUAUUUUCUGACUGUAGCCAUGAAUGUGACAACUCCUCUGCUGCUGCUGCUUCUUACUGUUUGUACAGUGAGCGGUGCGCCACCAAAGGCCUUAUGGCAGUUUGGGAUGAUGAUCGAGUGCGCCCAGCCUGGUAUUAGCUCUCUGAAGUAUAGCGAUUACGGCUGCUGGUGCGGCUUCGGUGGCAGAGGAACCCCUGUGGAUGAAGUGGACAUGUGCUGUUACGUCCAUGAUAAGUGCUAUGAAAGAAGCAGAAAGGUUCCUGGAUGCACAGCCAUCGCUGACCUUCCCUACAUUCUGGCUUACGAUUUCACCUGCUCAAAUCAACAAGUGACCUGCUCAGCUACCAACAAUAAGUGCCAGGCUGCUGUGUGUGAGUGCGAUCGGGUGGCGGCUCACUGCUUUGCUCAGAACACGUACAACCCUGAGAACAGGAACCUGGAUCCCAAAGUCCACUGUGCCAACUGA